CAUUUAAUGCAGCUCAAGCUGUGUUUUAUUGUUGUGCCUGCAAGUAAAAAGAAUAUUGUAAUCAAAUGCAAAUGGUUGGCUCCAGCUAUGACGUGCUACGCAAGCAGGCGCGCACCCUGGAAAAUGAAAUUGACCUCAAACUUGUGGCGUUCAGCAAAAUUGGAGCUGGCAGCAGCGGCCUCAGCAGCAACAGCAGCGCUGCUGACACAUCACCUCUGCUGGGCGAGCAUGUAUUCGACUCGCUGUCUGCCGAAAUAGAGCAAAUGCUCGAAAAGUUGUCGACGCUCAAUGAGUCCAUGUCGGAGCUGCCGGCAACGGGUAGUGCGGCUAUGCACACGCUGCAGCGGCACAGGGAAAUACUCCAGGGCUACAGGCAGGAGUUCAACAAGAUUUGCGCCAACCACACCAUGCGCAUCGAGCGAGAGGAGCUGCUACGCGGCUCUGGCCUAGCCACUAGUGGGAGUCCAUCGAUUUCUGGACUCAGUCGUCGUGAGAUGUAUAUGAAGGAGAGCGGUCACUUGACCAGCUCCAGUAACAUGGUCAACGAUCAGAUAAACAUUGCCAUCGAGACGCGAGACAACCUGCAUGCACAGCGACAGGCCUUUAAGCGGCUGCAGACGCGGUUCAACGACAUUUCCAAUCGUUUUCCAUUGAUAUCAAGUCUUAUACAGCGCAUUAAUAUCAAGAAACGACGAGAUUCGCUUAUUCUGGGCGCGGUCAUAGGCUUCUGUGUCAUCCUUUUGCUGAUCUAUGCUUUUAAUUAGGUCUCGACACAUUUCUGACAAUUUUAAUUAUUUCUCUAUAUUUUCCCUUUUGGUAUAUGUAUGUGUAUAAUAAACUUGUGAUAGCAAUAAAAUUUAA